AUGUCGACGACCCAGAUCCGCCCCGUCGCGACCUCCAAGCUUACCCCCGAUGACGGCCUCGAGCUCCUCGCCAAGCAGCGCCUCAACCGUCCCGUCUCCCCGCACUUGACCAUCUACAAGAUGGAGCAGACGUGGCUCGGCGCCUCCAUCUGGACCCGUAUCACCGGCGGAGGUCUGUCCGCCGCCUUCUACGUCUACUUCGGCACCUACCUCGUCGCGCCUCUGCUCGGCUGGCACGUCGAGACGCAGUCGCUCGUCGCCGCCUUCGGGUCCCUGCCCCUCGUCGCCAAGGGCGGCCUCAAGUUCCUCGUCGCCUGGCCCUUCACCUUCCACUUCUUCAACGGCAUCCGCCACCUGACCUACGACCUCGCCAUGGGCUUCGCCAAGCCCGAGAUUGUCAGGUGGGGCUGGAUCAUCUGGUCCACCUCGCUGGUCACUGCCGCCGGCCUGGCCUUUGCGUGGUAA